ACAGACAGGGAAUAAAAUUGAGAAAAAGGAAAGGGUGGAACUCGAAUGAGAAAAAAAAAAGAGUUGUCUCAACCCAACAAUAGCAGAGAGAGCCAAACACGUCUUUUGACUAAAAAGUAACCAACCGCUUAUCUCAAUCAACUCGAAGUCUAAUGUUUUCAUAAGAUUGGUUGCUUCAGCGUGGUUGUCCUGUUUGUGCUGGGUUCGGUAAUUUUCAGAUUGCUGCUACAAUAUGGGUGUGGAGAAUGCCUCGAAGUCCAUUUCCACCUCACAAUGCGAUGACCAACUUAGUAACAGCAAAAUCAACACACUCGUGCGAUUGAAUGUCUACGAUCUCACCCCUGUCAAUAAUUACGUCUACUGGGUUGGAUUUGGCAUAUUUCAUUCUGGCGUUGAAGUGCAUGGUAAGGAGUAUGGUUUUGGAGCCCAUGAUUUCCCAGCUAGUGGAGUUUUUGAAGUGGAGCCAAGGAAGUGCCCUGGAUUCAUAUAUAGAUGUUCCAUCACUUUGGGUCAAACUAAUAUGAGUGCUUCUGACUUUCGUACAUUUAUUGAAAACAUGGCUUCUGAGUAUCAUGGAGAUACCUAUCACCUUAUAACUAAGAACUGCAAUCAUUUUACAGAAGAUCUCUCCAAUAGAUUGACUGGGAAACAAAUCCCAGGUUGGGUGAAUCGGCUUGCUAAGCUAGGUGCUUUAUGCAGUUGUCUACUUCCUGAAAGUCUUCAAGUAACAAGUGUUAAACAGCUACCUGAAUACCAUGAAUGCUCAGAAGAUGAAUUUGUUGAAUCUCUUUCACCUGCCACACCCCGCGAGUCCACAGAAAUAGAUGAGGAGCAAGAAAAGCACCUUCUUUCAUCAUCAACUGUAACUGAGGAUGUUACUUUCGUUAGAGAAAGCCAAGCAAAAUAAUUGGUAUCUUUGACGUUAGAAGUUACACAGGUGCUACGCUUUGAAAUUUAUCCAUUUGUUUGCAGUGAUUAUUUUUUCUAAAUUUUCUCAAUCAUCCAUGGGUUUGGGUUCAUUGAAACUGGAGAAUCCAGUAUUUGUUGUGUACAAAAGAUUUUCGAACGGGGCUUAUUUGUUUGAUUUUUUUUUAGGGGUGGAAAGUGGGGCGAGGUUUGAGGCUUAGUAUUUUGUCAUGUUUGAAACUGUCUGUAAGCUAUGGAAUAUUAGUCAUUUUGUUUGACAACAUGGUACAAAAAACAUCUUCCAGUUGGAGGAUGAGGGUUUAAUGUUGUUUUUCUUAUGAGGUUCAUAUCCUGCACAAAAGUAAAAGAUGAAAUGACCACUGUAAGCAUGGUUGAAUAGAAAUGCCGUGCGCUUUCGACAUGAUUGACAUGAUCUAAUGUGAUAGAAAUACUUAUUGUGAUUUA